UGUUAAUUUUGAAGCAUUUGAAAUAUAGUGCGAGCGGUUAAAUUACAUAAAUCGACGUCUAUCAUAGAUUUCAGAAAAUUCCACGUUCGUUGAUUUUUCUCAUGGAGGCCGCCAUGUUUUCAAGGACAGAGAACUCAGGUUUGCAUAUAAUAUGCUUUUUUAACUUAAAAGAAAUCGAAGAAAGAUCUGUGUUAGAAGUCAACUUUAAUGGAAUAACAAAUAAAUACUCUUUCUUUUCUUGAAAACCUAUGUAUAAAUAGAAUUUUUAACUAUGAUAAAAUAGGAUCUAUCCGAACCCGUAAUUAACCUGUUACCAUUCAACUUCAAAAUCAUAUUAAUACGCAAAAUUAAAGCACGCUUUACAACUUUCAUUAUAUGGUCAUAUUACUAAUUUACACAUUUAGUAAUUAUUAAUGUAAGAAAUAAAUAUGAAAAUAUAUGUAAAAUAAAAUAACGCUUUUGUAAUUCUAGAACUAUUUAUAGCGCAUUCGUUUCCUGUUGCAGAUGUCCUUCGGUCAAAUCAUAACACGAAAAUGUUAACGAGAAUAAUUGAGGAGUAAAUGCUGUCAUUUGUCGUGGAUUGCCUGAGAACAUUCCGGAAAUUGACGUCCUACGUGUAUAGUCUUACAUGCUUUAUACGAUCAGUUUCUGAAUGACCCCUGUUUGUGGAGGACAGAUCCUGUUAAAUCUACAGCUACAUUACAUAAAAGAAAAAAACCAACUACGCUUGUUUCUUCAAACCCUCGCCAGAAUGAUUCUCUUUUAGAAGUAAAUAAAACAGGUUCUGUUCCAGGAGAACAUGACACAACACAACAUAGAAUGAAAUCACAAACUCUGACAGAUAUCAAUACAAGGUCACAUCAGACUGUAAGUUUACCUGGAAACAAUAACUCAUCAGAAAGAACAGAAAAGAAAACACCAAGUCGGGAUAGAAAAAAGACAAGGACUAUAACAGACAUUAAUAACAAUGAAACAGGAAAAGUAAAACAGAGAAAAAAUACAGAGAAACAAAGGUCAACACAGCGCAGACUUCCAACCGUUAAUAAAGAACUGCAAGGAGUUUCAGCAGAAGGAGGGAAUUCCAAAACAAUACGACAAAACAUUCAACAGAACUUGAAACAGAGUUUACAUAAAGAAAAUGUGUUAAAACAACAUUGUGAGAGACCAAUGGAUUCAGCAAAUCAUAAAGAUUUUUAUGCAAGUUCCGUCAUUCCAAAAACUAGAAGAAGAGUGAGAAGAAAGUUUUUGGGAAGAACUGUGAAACACAAGUGGAAAGACGUAAAAGGGAAAGACAAGUGGUACGAGGGAUAUGUGCAGGCCUUGUUAUCUGGAGAAGACGGUGAACUGUCAGCCAAAUAUAUUGUUAGAUAUAGCAAUUUUAAUGACGUAUAUGAAGUUGAAGGUCUUGUUGAAGAUUAUGACAUGGGGAUGCUGAAAUUUGUGGAUAUAUAGGUUUUAUUGAACUUUACUGAUUUUCAGGUCAUUUUGACCAUUUUGUAAUCAAUAUUCUGUGAAAAAAUACUACAUGUUUACUCUGUCAGAAUGACUCCAUGGUUGAGUUGAGUAAUUUAUUGUGGUGCAUCGAGACUUCAUUUACGGUUUCUUUUGAUUCAGAGUUACAAAAUGUGUACCAGAACAAUAAAUAUUGGAUUCCACAAUGAAUGUGUCAGAUCUCAUCAUAGAUCAGGAGUUACAUCCCCUGAUUGAGCUCUGAAAGAGCCAGAAUUUUUUCAUUUUUAUCAUGUGAACACGACAUAAGUGACAAUUGAUAUUUGAUUUUAACCACAGUUACACACAACUUAAAGUCACAAUAACAUCUUGGUUUUUUAGCUCACCAGUCAAAAAAUAAGAAUUUCGGUCAUGUGUGGUAAAUAUUAUGUAUGCUAAAAUGCUUGUUUACACUCAAGAGGCCAUAUAUUUUGGGCCAAUCGUAUUGUAAAUUGGUAAGAAUAUUUGUGUCGAUGAAAUCAGUAGGUAAAACAUAUUAUCUCUAUAAUGGUGUGUUACACAGAUGAGCAUGCUAGGGCCAUCUUGAUCCUCUUGUUUUUCGUUAAGAUAACUUCCCUUGGCCAAAGGUGCUUUCUUGUGAGCAGUACCAUGCCUGUGACAUGGCCAUCUGCGUCUGUGACAGAAUUCCAGUUUUUACAUGUCUUGGCAAAGUUAUUUGCCUCAAUGAGACAGUAUGUCAAGAGUAAGUAGUUGAAACAUGUAGAUCACACAUAGGGGUGGUCAAAGGUGCAAAAUUAAUGCAAUUUCUAUUGAUUGGAGUGUAAGUUAGCCAUUGAUGGAGAUGUUAUAAAAUAAUUUGACAUAAACGUUUGCUACAAUAACAUUUGUAGCUGCCAGAUGAUAUCAUAAACAUUACUCCUUUUUGAUAGAUGACGGGCUGGCUACCAUAAACAUUACUCCUUUUGACAGCUGUUGGGCUUGACAUGUUGCCUGUGUGCAUGUAGAUUUCAUUCAAAGUAGAACCAUCUUUUCCUAUCAACAGUGAACACAAAAUUUAACAUUAUUGUUGUCAGAAGGUUAUUUUCAAUAUAAAUUUGCUGUAUUAGAAAUUUUCCUUCACCUAUUAUAUACAAAGAUUCUUCAGGUUAUUCUGAAUUGCUGAUAAUCAUGGCCGCUAAAGACCUUCAUCAUUUAUCCUAUACAUGUUUUUAAAUGUGAACUGUUAUAAGUGCUAGCGUGGUAUGUUUAUAUCUGAAUAUGUCAUAACAACUGGGUCACAUGAUUAAUUUAAAGUAAAGUUUUUUAAACACUCUACAUGCCAUAUCUUUCAUUCUGUCUUCAUGAAACUUGGGACAAAAGUUUAUAUUGAUGAUUUCUUUGGUAGGUCCAAACACGGUUAUUUGGCCUGAAAAACAAAGUCACUACUCAGAUAAAUGUAAAACGGUUCUAACAAUGUACAGGCCACAUUUCUGACCAUGUCUUCAUGAAACUUGCUAAGACUGUUUAACUUCAGGAUUGCAAGGGCAUGUUUUACAGAUUAGCGAUACAGGGUCAUCAUGACCCACUUGUUAUAUUAUUUGUUUCACUGAAAUGUAUAUAACUUUGAAAGUCAUUGAUGAAUAUUAUUUAUUUAGUACUUGACAAAUUUAUGUGAUAUUUAUUAAAUUUGGUGAGUAUGUAUUUGUUUAUAAAUUCAAGAUGAAUUUCAACAUUGACACAGCUACAUUGAAGAAUUACGUUCCUAGGUGAAAUAAAAGAAAGGUUUGGGUUGCUGGUCAAUCUGAUUACAUUUUAGUUCUUCACUAGAUCCAGUGACUGGUACAGGGUGUUGUUUUAUUCUGUAUUUUAAAUAGAAUAUAUGAUAAAGUUGUAAAUUUAUUUUUAAACACACUAUUUCAUGUUUGAAUGUGUAUAGUUAUUAGGCCAUUGUCUGUAUAAUUUUUUUAUCACAUCAUUUGUUUGUAUAUUUUUCUUUAUCAGGUCAUUAGUCUGUAUAUUUUUGUUUAUCAGGUGAUUUGUUUGUAUAUUUUUCUAUAUCAUGUGAUAUGUCUGUAUAGUUUUCGUUAUCAGGCCAUUUGUUUGUAUAAUUUUCUUUAUCAGGCCAUUUGUUUGUUUAUAUAUCUUUAUCAGGCCAUUUGUUUGUAUAUUUUUAUUUAUCAGGCCAUUUGUUUGUAUAUUAUUCUUUACCAGGCCAUUUAGUCCCAUGUGGUUCUGGGACAAUCUGUGUAUGAAAAGAAAUGGAACCAUUGUCUUACCAUUUCAUGAUCGUAAGAGGCGACUAAUAGGGUCUUAACAGUUGUUUUUGCUGUAACUCUGUGAUUCCAGCAGGUAUGCAAAUUUGGAUUCCAUAGCUCAUGUUUUUAUUUUUAUGUAAAUGAAAUGUGAAACCAAAAUUUGUAGUCCUGUUUGGCGCCAUAUAACCUAUACUGUGUUGGUGUGCCGUAAAACCCAAAUAAAAAAUUUAUCAGGCCAUUUGUCUGAAUAUUUAUUUGUCUGUAUAUUUUUUUUAUCAGGUCAUUCGUCUGUAUCUUUUUAUUUUCUGCUCAUGCAGUAUAAACGUCCUUGAUUAUAUAUAUCCAUCAACAACAAAACUGCAUUUUUUACUUAGGCUUAUUAUUGAUUUUCAAUAUUUUCAUUUUUUUUUUAUUUUGUAAAAUAAAUGACCGCAGCCGUGCAUGUGGUUGGUUUUUGUUAGAUAGUAGAAAUUAUUCUUGUAUACAACAUUUAGCCUGAUUUUAAAAGUAUUUUUCUGUCUUGCAUUGAUAUGUGGCAUGUGAUAUAAGGGUGUGACUCUUAAACAUAAUUGUUACAAUUAUUGGCUCCAGUCACAAAUGGCUCAGUGCUUAUAUAUGACAUGUACUAACUAUAGGCUUAUGUAAAAGAAAAUUUGAAAAUCAUAUUUUCUGAAUCAAUAAUAGCUACACCCUUGAUAUCUGACGUGUGAUUUUUUACAUUGAAUUGAUGACAAAGUGCUGAUUAACUUUCACUCUUUCUCAGUUACUAGUUGAUAAAAUAUAUUCAAACUUAAAUAAUUGUUACAAAUAUUCAACCACAUCAUAUGACACAAAGUCCAUAACACACGGCACCAGUAUACCAUGAGUUAUUCUGGUUUCUAUGUAGAAAUUCAGGUUAAAAUUUUGAUGCAACUUUUACUCUAUCUCAGUUAUUACUACAUGGAUUUCAUUAAUCCCAUGGCACGAGUGGUUGGGGGUUUAUAGGAAUGUUCUCCUUCCGUCCAUCUGUUCGUAACACUUUCAUGUCCACUCCAUAUAUCCUGCUUGAAGGAUUUUCAUGAGACUUGGUUGAAAUGAUCACAUCAUCAAGAUGAUGUGCAGAACUCAUGAGUCAUUCAUGUCUGCUCAAAGUCAAGGUCAGAACUCGAGAUCAAAGGUUUGAGCCUUCCAUUUUGUGUAUGCUCUGUAUCUCCUAAACCCCUUGAAGGAAUUUUAUAAAACUUUGGUCAAAUGGUCAGGUCAUCAACAUGAUGUGCAGAACUCAUGAGUCAUCCUUAGUGACUCAAUGUCAGGGUCACAACUCGGUGUCAGAGGUUUGACCCUUCCAUUUUUUGCCAGCUAUGUAUCUGCUAAACCCCUAGAAGGAUUUUCAUGAAACUUAAGUCAAAUGAUUACCUUAUUAAGACGAUGUGCAGAACUUAUGAGUCAGCCAUGUUGGCUGAAGGUCAAGGUAACAACUUAGGGUCAAAUACUGAAGGAUUCAUAUGAAUUCUGAGUCAAGUGAUCACCUCAUCAAGACGAUGUGCACAACUCGUGAGUCAGCCAUGCAGGCCUAAGGUCAAGGUCACACCAUACGGUCUAAGGUUUGAGCCUUCAUUUUCGGGUUACUCUGUAUCUCCUUAAACCCUUAAGGAUUUUCAUCAAACUUGGUAUCAUGAUCACCUCAUCAAGAACUACUGAGUCAGCCAUGUCAACUGAAGGUAAAGGUCAAAAGUCAAGGUCAAAGGUUUCAGGUCUGUAUUUUUUAAACCCCUUGAAUGAUUUGUAUGAAACUUGGGUGAAAUAAUCACCUCAUGAAGACGAUGUGCAUAUUUCAUGAGACAGUCGUUCCAGUUCAAAGUCAAUGUCACAGCUCAGAGUCAAUGGUUUAUGGUUUCACCAUAGCUGUUCCUGAUUAUUAACCACAUCACACCAAACAAAGUCAUAACUUUCACAGUAGUAAUUCAUAAAUUAUUCAUCUUUUUUAUUGGAAUUUCAAGUUAAAGCUUUGAUGCAAGUUCACACUACCUCAGUUAUAACGUUAAUGAAUAAUUUUGAUUAAAAUAUAGAAUAUUUUUUUCUACAUUAUCAGCCACAUCAUUGGACACAAUGUCCAUCAGUGGCAUAAAUUUUUCAAUACUUAUGACCCUCUACCCUUCUACUUAGAAUGUAAGUUUAAAUUUCGUGCAUGUUCAUCUAUCUCUGUUAUUACACAAAGGAUUUGAUUCAAACUUAAAAUAUUGUUCCAGAACAUCACUGAAAUGAUAUUGCAAAAUUACCAUAAUUGUAGCAUGAAUAUAUCAUGAAUUACUGACACACUUUUUUUCUUACAAUUACUCUUUUAUAAUGAUAUGAUAUUGUAAUACAAUUUAUUUUUAUUUCUCUUUUUAGUUAAUAUUUUUGACACAGACUGUAGCUGUUGUCCAAAAUUUUCAUGCAAAUUGCACUCAUUAAACACUCCAGUGACAGUUCAACCCCUUACAUGUCUCCAUUUUCACUAGCUCUUGUUAUGUCAUAAAAUGUAAAAGUAUUUACUGGAAACUGUAUAUUGUUAUUAAAAUUAACUGAUACAUGCCUUGUUUAAAUGAAUAUAAAAUUUAAGUAUAUAUGUUAUAUAUGUGUAAAUUUUUUUUCUGAAAUGUUUUGUAGGUACAAGAAAAAAAUAUUUUUUUUCCAAUUUAAAACAUUAUUUCAAUAGUAUGUUGAAAUAAAUUGAAGUGCCAAACUGGCUUGUGUGCUAAUACAUCUGGAUAUCAGCUUAACUGGCUUGAAUUGAUUUUAUUUGGUGUGAAGCAUUGCCUAGUAGACCUCUACCAAGUUUGUUCAAAUUAUGACCCUUGGGUCCAAACUGACCCCGCCCCAGGAAUCACUUCAUUUUACAUAGGAAAAUCUUAAAAAAUCUUUCUUAAAAACCAGAAGCUUAGAUAUUUGGCAUGUACCAUUGCCUAGUGGACCUCUACUAAAGGUGUUCAAAUGAUGACCCCGGGGUCAAAAUUGACCCCGCUGUAGGUGUCACUUGAUUUUACAUAGGAAAAUCUUCAAAAAUAUUCUAAAAGUAAACCAGAAGGAAUAGAGAUUAGAUAUUUCACAUGUAGCAUUGCCUAGUGGACCUCUACAACAUUUGUUCAAAUCAUGACCACUUGGGUCAAAAUUGACACCGCCCCAGGGGUCACUUGAUUUUACUAAGAAAAUCUUCAAAAAUUUUCUAAGAAUAAACCAGAAGGCCUAGAUCUUAGAUAUUUGACAUGUACCAUUGCCAAGUAGACUUAUACAAAAUUUGUUAAAAUCAUGACCCCCGGGAUCAAAUUGACCCCGCCCCAUGGGGUUACUUGACUGUACAUAGAAAAAUCUUCAAAAUGUAAUAAAAAUAAACCAGAAGGCGUAGAGCUUAGAUAUUUGACAUGUAGCAUUGCCUAGUGGACCUCUACAAAAUGUGUUCAAAUAUUGACCCCCCAGGAUCCAAUUGACCCAGCCCCAGGGGUUACUUGAUUGGACAUUGGGAAAUUUUCAUAAAUUUGCUAGAAAUAAACCAGAAGGCCUAGAUCUUAGAUAUUUCAUAUGUAACAUUGCCUAGUAGACUUGUAAAAACUUUCUUCAAAUCAUGACCCCCUGGGAUAAAAUUGGCCCCGUCCCAGUGGUUACUUGAUUGUACAUUGGAAAAUAUAUCUAAAAAUGUAUAAAAAUCAUCAGUUUGACAUUUGAAACAUGUAGCUCAUAUUACUCAGGUGAGUGAUCCAGGAUCAUCAUGACCCUCUUGUUUAUUGUAUUUUAAGCCAAGUUUUAAAAGUGUGCUUUAUCGACAGUACUAUUAUAGCCAGGUAAUUCCUAGAAAUUAUUUUAAUCAUCAAUGCUGUAUGCAUUUUGUGGAAUUAAUUUUGUACCAGGGAAUAUUCCUCCAUUUUGUCCUAUAUUUAUCAUUUACUUAUGAAAGUGCAUGGCAAAUUCCAUUCAAUGAGCUCCUAACAUUUUUCUUCACCUGAAACAGUGGGUUAUAUAGUAACAAAAGCUGGUACAAGUCAUAACUGCAAUAAAAACAAUUGAGCCGUGCCAUGAGAAAACCAGCAUAGUGGGUUUGCGACCAGCAUGGAUCCAGACCAGCCUGCGCAUCUGCGCAGUCUGGUCAGGAUCCAUGCUGUUCGCUAAUGGUUUCUCUAAUUGCAAUAGGCUUUAACAGCGAACAGCAUGGAUCCUGACCAGACUGCACGGAUGCGCAGGCUGGUCUGGAUCCAUGCUGGUCGGAAAGCCACUAUGUUGGUUUUCUCAUGGCACGGCUCAAUUAUCUUGUCAGUGUGCACUGGGUGUUUCGCGUAAUGACCUGGAAUCAAAUAUUAUGUGUCAUUUACCAGUCAUAAGAUACCUCAGUAUCAAAUGUGAUGUGACACCAAAUAAUUCUGCAGUUAUUUGUGAAAAAAUUAUACUAUAUACAUAAUGUGACCUUCACCUACUAAGGCAAAAACAAUAGUUGCCAUCUAUUGUUGAUCAACCUCCAUGUUGGGUUUCGUGAUCCUAAACCCAAUGGUUCUCAAGUAAUGUUCCGGAAACGGUUAACUGUUUCUGAAAACUUUGACCUUCACUUUUGACAUACUGACCUGAAAAAACAAUAGUUGUCAUCUGCUGGUCAUGAUCAGCCUCCUGUUUUUGAAUUAUAGUUAGUAAGCCGUGUAAAUGUUUCGAGUCACUAUGAUUUUGACCUUUCACAUGAAAAUCAAUACGGGUCAUCUGCUGAUCAUGUUCAACAUUCAUAUCGAGUUUCAGGAUCAUAAGCCGAACCGUUCUCUAAGUUAUCAUCCAGGAACUGUUUAACUGUUACGGGUCACUGUUACCUUGACCUUGUAACCUACUGACACCAAUAUAUCAUUAGGGGUCAUAUGCUGGCUAUGAUCUACCUCCCCAUCAAUUUUCAUUAUUCUAGGAACAAGCCUUCUUUACAUAUCAUGCAGUAAAUGUUUACCUCUUCAGAUUGCUGUAACCUUCACUUUUCACCCAAAAUUUUUACUGCUGUUUAGCGCCAUAUAAUCUAUAUUGUGUUGCUGCACCGUUAAACUCAAAUAAAUAAAUGAAUAGUUACCUUCACUUUCCGCCUACUGAUCUUCCAAAACAAUAGGGGUGAUCUGCCGGUCAUGAACAGCCUCCAUUUAAACGUUUAUGAUCGUUAGCAAAAUCAUUUUUUUUAGUUAUCAUCCUAAAACAGAUUAGACUACGGACUGACCGACAAACCGACCGAGCGCCCAGCAUGCCGAUUGAAUGACCGACAUAUGCAAAACAAUGAAAUACCCCUCAUUCAUAGGGGUCAUAUUUAUGUUAUUCUUUAUUUUGAACCCUAACUACACAUGAAAGUGUUCUCCACAAUAUUAUUGAAGAGAAGUUUCAGUCAAAGUAAUACAGUUGUAUUGAAAAUGUUAAAAUACUAAAGAACAUAAAAUACACUUUCAUUUCUUUUUUAUUAACCAUUACUAUUUCUCAUCCUUUUAAAGAAAUUAUAACAUACAAUAUUAAAAGAUGGUAUAAAUAUUUAAAGCUAGCUAUUAAAUCAAGGGAGAUAAUUUUUGCACAGAUGGCAGAUAUUUUACACCAUACAUUUUUAAUG